GAAAAUAACAACAGAGAGGAAGAGAGUGUCAGUUGAGUUCUUCAUAUCGGGCAGAUUAAAAAUAAUAAGGAAACGAAGUCGAAAAAAUUGCAUAUUUUAAAAGAUCGAGAAGAAAAUUAAAACAAUUUGUGAAUUUAUUGUUGAAAAAACAAAUAGUGAAGUGUAAUAAUUAAUAAAAACAACCCAAAUGAUGUUAAUAGAUUUCCCUUGAAAAGAAUAUUUGUAGUUCUUCUUUGUCACAGCAAAGAAAAAAGAAGAAAAAAACGAAACGAAAAACGUCAUUCAGUCAAAUUUUUUCCCCAUUGGAGAAGCACAAACUGGGGCUGACUAUUGCAGCUGGCUGAUUUGAGAUUUUAAUUCAAUGCCAAGGAGAUUUUCGAACUGAAAUUGCUGCUGGGCCAGUCUAAUCAUUGGUGCCAAAACCUUUAGAGUUGGUUGUUCGAUUAAGCCAGCGGGAAGUUGAUCGAUCGAAAAGAAACUCAAAUUCAUUUAAGCUUACCAAGCCUCCUCCUCCUCCUCCCCCGCAUACACACACACAAACAAACAGAAUCAAAAACCCAACCGCAAAAUGUCUUCUCCGAGCGCUGGCAAACGACGCAUGGACAAUGAUGUCAUCAAAUUAAUCGAAUCAAAACAUGAAGUUACCAUCAUUGGUGGCCUUAAUGAAUUCCAUGUGAAAUUCUUCGGGCCCCAUGGGACACCGUAUGAGGGUGGCGUUUGGAAGGUUCGUGUCUACCUGCCCGACAACUAUCCCUUCAAAUCGCCGAGCAUAGGUUUCGUGAAUAAGAUCUAUCAUCCAAACAUUGAUGAAUCGUCUGGGACGGUGUGUUUGGAUGUCAUCAAUCAAGCCUGGACCGCCCUCUAUGAUUUGUCGAAUAUCUUCGAAUCAUUUUUGCCACAAUUGCUCACAUAUCCCAAUCCAGUGGAUCCAUUAAAUCGUGAUGCAGCCUCCCUGUAUUUACACGAACCCGAAGAAUAUCAUCGUAAGGUUGCCGAUUAUGUAAAACGUUUUGCCACCGAAGAGGCCUUGCGGGCUGCCCAGGUGGAGCGCGAGAGCAGUGAUAGCGAAUCGAGUAUGUCAGAUUAUAGUGAAGAUGAGGCAAGAGAUAUGGAGUUAUAAUACCGGUUUUUAAUUAAGUUUUAAUUAUAUUAAUAAUAAUAAUAACAAAAAAAAAAAAACAAAAUACAACAACAAAAUACAAAUAUGAAUUUGAAAAUAAUUGCAAUAAUUAAUAAAUGAAAAGAAAUAAUGAAAAUAAGAAGAUACAAAAACAAAAAAUGCAAAUUUUAGAAUAAAACAAAUUUAUCUGAAUGAAAUCAACAAAACCAAC